AUGAUUAAAAUAAAAUGUCUAGGGAAUUUUCGAAAUAUAAAUAAAGUGUCCCUUUCUUUUUAUUCUACAAAAAAUCUUAAGAGUUUUUCUUUUUUGUUUUAUCAUAAUAUUAAGAAUAAAACGAAAGAGACUCCAAUUUAUGCUACAGCUAUAAACAAUAAAUUAUCAUACUUUACUUAUGAAGAAAAUAUAGGAAUAAAAGAAAAAAAACAAAAAAAAGAUGAAAGUCAAAAAAAAGAUGAAAAAGAUGAAAAUCAUAAAUAUAUAACGAAAAACAAAUGUGAUAUUAAAGACAACCAUAUAAUAUAUCCUUCCAAGAAUUUAGAAAAGUUGGAAAAACAUAUCUUUAAUAAAAGAAUAAAGGAAAAUAUAAUGAAAAGUGAUAUUAUUAAUAUAAUUAAUAAUAUAAAAAAUGUACAAAAUGGAAAUGUAAAUGGAAAUGUAAAUGGAAAUGUAAAUACAAAUGCAAAUGUAAAUGCAAAUGCAAAUGCAAAUGUAAAAAUCAUAAAUGAAUUAAUAAAUAUUAUCUUUCAUAUAAAUAAUAAUAUAAAUGCUUUUUUUAAUUUAAAAAAAAAAUAUGUUAUAGGCUUUUUAUGGUCCAUGGGAAAAACUAUAAAUAUAAUAGAACAGGAAAAAUUAUUUAAAGAAAAAAUAAUAACACUAUUAAAACAUUUUUUUAUUUUUUUAUCAAAUAAAGUUAUUCAGAAGAAUCUUUUAGAAUCAUCAUAUCAUCCAGUAGAUAUAAAACAGUUUAUCUUUUCAAUUCUUAAUAUUAAAUUAAAUGAAAAUGAGAUAACAAAAAUUGAUUCAAUAAAAAUACAUGACCUUGUCUAUUUUAUAAAAUAUUUACAAAGUUAUCCAUAUAGGGUUAAGGUAUUCCCUAAAGAUGAAAAAGAAACAAAACUAAAAACGAACAUAUUUUAUCAUGAAAAUAACAAAGAACAAAAAAUAAAAAAUAAUAAUCAUCUUCAAUCAACAGAUCAACAAAUGGAUAAAUUAUUUCUUCUAAAAAAAAAUUAUAAUCAAAAUAAUCAGUAUGAACAUAGUAAUUAUAUAUACAACCAAAUACAAAAUAAUCAUUUACCUUUGUUUCAAGAAUGUAUAAAUAUACAUUCAAUAAUUUAUACCAUAUAUUCAUAUAUAUGUGAUAAAAUAAAAAUAAUAAAUAUGGAAAUAAAAACUGUGAUCGAUUUUUUAGAGCUAGCUAAUAAAAAUUGUACAAAUGUAUUUAGUUAUAACAUAAGUAAUAUUUUGUUAUAUAAAAUACAAAAAGGUAGACCCAAGUACAACGAUAAUAAUAAUGAUAAUAAUGAUGAUAAUAAUGAUGAUAAUUAUUAUGAUAAUAAUAAUAAUAAUAAUUAUGAUAAUAAUUAUCAUCAUCAUAUUUAUCAUCAUAAUAAUUAUCAUCAUCAUAUUUUUCAACAACAUCAUAAUAAUAUGAUGAAUAUUUGCAAUUUUUCCAUUUUUGAAUUGUGUAGAUUUAUUAAUAUUAUCAUAAAUAACAAUAUUAAACACACAAAUAAAUUCAUCUUCUCUAUUGUAAACAUAUUGUUAUAUGAACAAUAUUACAAAACGAAAGAUAACAUAAAUUAUUAUAAUUUUAAUCAGUACUUAUCUCAUUUAAUUCACAAAGAAAAUGUAGAUAUACAAAAUUAUAAUGAUUUACAAGUUUGUGUACCUAAACAUUUGUGUAACACAUGGUUGUAUAAAGCAACGCCAAGAGAUAUAGCGUCUCUUAUACGAGAUUUUUCAAGACUUAAGUUUAUAAAUAAUCAUUUUUAUAAUAUUUUAAUUGAGGCGUUUUUUUUUAAAACGGAUGAAAGUAAAGGUAGAUACACGAUUUAUAACAAAAAUAUUGAUGAAAUUAAAAUAAAAAAUAACCAUAAUUAUUAUAAUAACAACAAAAAAAUCGAUGAAAUUAAAAUAAAAAAUAACCAUAAUUAUUAUAAUAACAUUAACAAUGUGACCAUUUGUGGUAAGAAGAGUACAACUCAGUGUUCAUCAAAAUUUCAUCAAAAUCUUCAACUUGAAGAUAUAAGAAAUUAUGUUGAUAUUUUAACGGCCCUAUGUAAUAUUAAUUAUACAUAUGACAAAUAUAUUAACCUAUUUAUUAAUAAACUAAUCAAGGAUGAAAAAAACUCGAUUCUUUUUUUUACCCAGAAAAAUAUACAAAAUGUUGUUAUAACUUUGAGAAAUCUUCUUUUAUUAACAUACAAAGAAAAUGAUAUUAUAAAUAAGAUGACCAAUUUAAUUGUUUCAUAUAAUAGCUAUGUUGAUAUAAAACAACUAAUUAUGAUAUAUUAUUCUUUAUAUAAUUAUAUUAACAAAAUAUAUCAUAUGGAAAAUAUAAAAUAUGUUGGGAAUCCAAGUCACUUAUUUUCUAUAACAAUUGAAAAAGAGAAGAAUAUAACACAUACUAAAAAUGAAACGAACUAUAUUAAUACAAUAAAUAAUCAUAAUAAACAACAUAUCUAUCAUCAUGAUAUGUUUCAUGUGAAAUAUAAUACAAUCAAAGAAAAAGAACAUCAUUUUUCUUUUAUUUCUAUAGAAUAUAUAAAAAGAAAUAUAUUUCAGUAUCUGUAUAAAUUGUUACAUAUUAUCCUAACAAGAAAAAAACAAAUAGAUUCUUUACAAGGUCUAGCUAAUUUAUAUUAUGCAACAUCAUUUAGUAUAAACAAUUUGUCUGUACAAAUGUAUCAUUUCUUUUAUGAACAUUUUUUUUAUAUAUUAAAUAUAAAAAAAAAAGGAAAAGAAAAUGUCAUAUUACAGACCCUUGUACAAAUAUUUCUAUUUCAUUAUAAAAAUAAUAUAGUACAUAAAACGUUUUUAAUAUAUUUAUUAAAUUUUAUAAAUUAUAAGAUAUUAAUAAAUCUAAAUAAUUUAUGUACAAUUACUUCUAUAGCAUAUCACUUUAAUAUUAUAAAUCAACAUUUUCUUAAUGUAAGUAUACAUUUUUUAAAUAAAGAAAUAAAUGAAAUAGAAAAUAUAGAAGGACACACCACAAUGGAUGACACUAUAUCUAUUACUAUAAACACAAAAAAAGAAAAAAAAAAAAAUUAUAUAUAUGAAAAUUAUGAAAAUAAAAAACAAAUGGAUCUUUUAUAUGAUCAUACACAAAAUGAUAUAUAUAAAUACAAUCAAUUAAAUAAUACAAAUAUUAUUAAUAUAAAGAAUUCGAAUCUUUCUAAAAUCAACAUCAUCAAUGUAUAUAAUGAAAAAAAUGACACAAACAAUAUAAAUCAUACAAACAAUAUGAAUCAUACAAACAAUAUGAAUCAUACAAACAAUAUGAAUCAUACAAACAAUAUAUAUCAUACAAACAAUAUGAAUCAUACAAACAAUGUAUAUCAUACAAACAAUAUGAAUCAUACAAACAAUAUAUAUCAUACAAACAAUAUGUAUCAUACAAACAAUGUAUAUCCUACUAACAACAUAUAUCCUACUAACAAUAUAUAUCAUACAAACAAUAUGUACCAUACCAACAAUAUAUAUCCUACUAACAACAUAUGUCAUACAAAUAAAGUAAUCAAAUGCAUUUUCUUUCUAGUUACUAAUAAUACAUUCUUAAAUACUUCCAUACGAAAUUUUAUAAAAAUACUAAUACUAUUAAAAAAAUUGCUUAAAAUAAAAUUUCAUUUUAAUGAUGAAGAAUAUAAAAUAAUACAUCAAAUAUUUUUGUACUUCAAUAUUUACUGUAAGAGGAAAGAAAAUAUGAAAAAAUAUAUGAACCAUAAAAGAAAUAGCACAAAUAAUCAUGACAUCCAUUUUUAUAUUCGACGUCAUUUUUUUAUACCUUACACAAUAUUAAAAGAUGUUGUUAAAAGAAAUAUCGUAUCACAUAAAAAGGUACAUAUAUCAAGCUUUCAAUAUAAAUUAUCCGAUUAUUUUAAUAAAAAAAAAAUUAAGUACAGAUCAGAAUAUUAUUUAAAACACGGAUUAAUAGUAGAUUUUUUUAUUUUUAAAAAUAAUAAACCCUUUUUAUUAUUAGAAAUUGAUGGCAUUUAUCAUUUUAAUAUAUCUACUGAUGUCUGUGACUAUGAUAUAAUACACAAUAAUAUGUUACUUUUAAAAAAUGGAAGAACAUUAUUCCGUAAUCAUAUCUUAGAAUCUUUUGAUCAUCUUAAAUUUUUAUCAAUUCCUUGGUUCUUCUUUCUACAAACGCAAUGGAUAAAAAAUUUGGAUCUUUUGUUGAAUAAACAUGGCUUGUUGUAA